AAACAAACUUCCAACACCACUCACUCUCUCUGUACUACCUUUCAUCUCUCUCAAAACUUUUCACAUUCCACUACCAUUUUCAUUUCUUCUCAUUCCUUCUUCAACACACUUUCUUCAUUCAACAAUCAAUAGAAAAUGAAGAUGAUUAAGCUUGGAAAUGAGAGUGAGGAGUGUCUCAACAGUGACAUUAUCUUUGACAUUCUGUCACGGAUUCCGGCGAAGCCGUUGCUUGGUAUGAAGUGCAUUUCUAGACGAUGGCAAACAAUCAUUUCAAAUCGUUCAUUUAUCAAAUCUCAGCUUCAGAAUGCAGAUCUUGUUUUGGAUGGUUUCAUUGUUCAAGAUGGCUAUAUGUUAAGCAGACAAGAUGUUAAAACUGUCAGCUAUAUUCCGGUUCAGUCCAAAAAUGAGGCUCCGGUAGUUCACCAGAAGGUUUUCAGUUUUCUUCCUGAACAAGUUGUUGUUCUGGCGUCAUGUAAGGGAAUUGUAUGCUGUCGUAGCCGUUUUCCAUCUCCCGAUCCAACAGUGUACCUCUGCAAUCCUUCUAUCAGAGAAUGGAUUCAAUUGAAGUGCCCUAUUCGAUGUGACGUAACUGAUAGUAUUGCACUUGUUUUUGAUUUUGAGCCAUCCAAAUUCAAAUUGGUAAGAGUGAAACGCUUUGAGAAGAUCAACCAUCAGGAAGUGUGGGAGGAGGGAGAGGAAUUGGAGUCGGAAUCGGAAGAGGGAUCGUUCUUCUUUACAUUUGAGUUGUACUCAUCAGAAACAAAGACUUGGAGGAAAUUGGAAGAAACGUGUGAUUGUAAUCAUGGUUUGAUUAAAAACAAAGCUGUGUACAUAGGAGGUGUCUUACACUGGUUGACAGAGGGUGAUAAAAUCAUCACCUUUAACGUUGAAAAGGAGCUGUGUUUGUUGAUUUCUGUACCUGUUCCGGCGUCGGAGUUUAGGUCUGUCCCUGAAGCUUGUAUUGGAGAGCAUGAAGGAAAACUUCAUUAUGUUCAGGUAUCAGAAAAAGGUCUUCAUGUCUGGUAUCUUGAUUCUCUUGAAGAUUAUUUUGAGUUUAAAUGGAAACUCAAGCAUUACAAGAGUUUGGAGGAUUUUGAACUAGAACAUCCACGCCGCCUUGUGAAUUUAAAGAAGAGAGUGUCGGAGAGAGUGAUUAUGGAUACAAAUCCUUGGAUGAGCCCUCUUGGUUUCCAAGAUGGGAAAUCGCUGAUCAAAGUGUCCUCGGAGCUUUAUAUCUAUGACAUGAAGAGUGGCAAGACAACUCAUGCGUGUUCGUUUUUACAACUCAAUCCACAAUCCAUGUCGCCUUGUACAGUAUUUCCUCAUUCCUUGACCCUGGUUUCACUAAAUGAUGCUUAGUAUCUGAUUAUUACUAAAUGCUUUGAGAUCUUAUAGUAGAUAUAUGUAUGUAGGAACUUGGCUGCUUAGAAGUUCCUUCCCUCCCUUUCCUUGCUAUGGAAAUUAUUUAGCUGCAGUUAUAUUGGUUUACUAGCCACUUUAGUAUGUAGACAAAAUUGAUAUGAGCAAUGUUUCCAAGUUCCAAUUAAUACUUCUGGUAACUAGUUGUUAAUAGUA